CAGACUGCAGCUGAAGGGAGGUUUGUGUCUGCGGUUUAAGGUGUAUAAAUAGUUACAAAACAUUCUAAAGUUGUUUCCUGUAAUUCACAAAUGUUUUGCAGAAUUGCUGAAAGCAUUCGAAGUAACAUAUAUUAUCUUAAUGCAGGAAAACACCCAGGUUUAACAUCUGCAUUAGAUUAUUGUGAAGAUGGAGUUUGUUAAAGAGAAGAGAGAAGGCAUGAGUGAUGAAGAAGACACAUGCGGAGAGGAAGAGGAAGAAAAUAAGCAGAGAGGCCUGAUGGAAGUGAAAGAGGAACGUCAAGAGAUAAAUGAAGUGGAGGAGAAAGAUCAGCAGGAGGAACCUCAUCAGUUCAUAAAUGCAAAACAGUCUUGUAGUUGUUCACAGAACGAUAAUAAUCAAUCACAAGAAACAUCUCAAAGAACAGAAGCCCAAAACCUGUUCACCUGCUCUCAGUGUGGAAAGAGUUUCACACGUAAGGGACACCUGAGGAUCCACACGAUCAUCCACACAGGUGAGAGACCAUACACCUGUCCUCAGUGCUCCAAGAGCUUCACCUGCAAAGGAAGCCUGAAGGAUCACUUCAAGAUCCACUCUGGAGAAAAGCCUUUUACCUGUCCUCAGUGCGGAUGGAGUUUUGCACGUCAAGAAGAUCUUAAAAGGCACAUAAGGAUUCACACCGGAGAGAAACCAUUCCCAUGCUCUCAGUGUGGAAAAAGCUUCACUAGUUCAGGAGAUCUGAAGAGACACUUAAGAAUUCACUCCGGAGAGAAGCCUUUCUCCUGCCCUCAGUGCACAAAGAGCUUCACGCAGAAGGAAGGACUGAAGGAACACAUGAAAAUACACUCCGGAGAGAAGCUUUUCACGUGUAUGUUGUGCGGGAAGAGUUUCACACAUCAGCGGAGCUUAAAAAGACACAUGAAGGUCCAUUCAGGAGAGAAGUUACACCAGUGUCCUGAAUGCGGCAGGAGGUUUUCAGAGGCCUGCAAUCUCAAAACUCACCUGCUCUCUCACACCGGAGAAAGACCCUUUCACUGUCAGCGCUGCGACAAGAAGUUUUUCCUGGCGGUGCACCUCAAAACACACAUGAGGAUCCACGAGGACGAGCGGCGAUACGUGUGUUCAUUCUGCGGGAAGAGCUUUCUGUGGCUUAAUGGGUUUAAAGACCAUCAGAAAACUCAUAUCGGUGAGAAACCCUACGAGUGUCAGGACUGUGGAAGUACUUUCACUAGAGCCGGUGAACUGAAAGUGCAUGAACGGGUCCACACUGGAGAAAAACCCUACAAGUGUUCCCACUGUGAGAAGAGCUUCACUCAGUCAGGAGCGCUAAAAAUUCAUGAGAGGGUUCACACCGGAGAGAAACCGUACCUCUGUCCUUCCUGCGGGAAAACGUUCAGCCGAUAUGGAAAUCUAGGGAAGCAUUUAAAAAAGGCUUGUCCAAAGCUGAGACAGUGAGGAGGUUCAGCUCCAGGUAUAGGCUCGUCCAUGUGAAUUAAACACUGAUGGGAGAGUUUGGCUUUCAAUGUGAACAAAGAGCCUGUUAGCUGUGACUUGACAAUCCACUAACAAUAGUAAAACAAAUUAUAUUAAAAACAAGAAAGCAAGCAUUUGAAAAGUAACGCAAAAGUAAUAUAAUGCAUUACUUUCCAUAAAAAAUAACUAACUUCGUUUUUAGGGAGUAAUGCAUGACUUUUGAAAGUAACUUUUCCCAACACUGGGGAGAUUACAGGACAGUGUGUCCUCCAAACAAGCAUUUUUAGAACCUUAAAGGAAUAUUAAGAAAGUAUGUGGGAUUCUGUGAAUGCUACAGAAAUUUUAGGGAUUGCUCUUGUAUUAUAAAAUAGCACCU